CAAAGUGAAUUAAACACAAAAAUCAAUCAAUUAAAAAUUAUUCGAAAGUCAAACAAGAAAACAAAUGAGAAGUUAAAAAUGCGGUCAAUAUUCUUUCUUAUUGCACUUUUUGGAUUCAUUGGAAUCACCUUAGCAAAUCACAUUCCAUUAGAAAAUACUGAUGAAGUCGAACCUGAAACCAGAGACGAAGAUUCUAACGUUGAACCAACAAGCUGCUCACCAACGGAAUGUGACAAAUAUUGUAAAAAAAUUGGACACGUUUAUGGUCGGUGCCAAUGGGGAAAUUGUCACUGUCACGAUAAAAAAAUGACUGGUGAGAUCAAACUUGAUGCCAUAUUCGAUCCGGACGUAGAAGCUGGAAGUUGUUCACCAAUUGAAUGUGACAAUUACUGUAAAAAAAUUGGGAAUGUUAACGGUCGCUGCCAAUGGGGAAAUUGUCACUGUCAUGAUAAGAAAACUGCUGAUGAGCUCGAACAUCAUAUUAAUGCAAAAGAUGAGCUUGAACUUGAAACCAAAGCUGAUCUUGAAGUGGAACCAGCAAGCUACUCACCAAUACAGUGCGAUAAAUAUUGCAAGACAAUAGGACAUGUUUAUGGUCGUUGUCAAUGGGGAAAUUGCCACUGUCAUGAUAAGAAAUCAGAGCUUGAAACCCAAGAUGAUCUUGAAGUGGAACCAGCAAGCUGCUCGCCAAUACAAUGCGAUAAAUAUUGCAAGACAAUUGGGCAUGUUUAUGGUCGUUGUCAAUGGGGAAAUUGUCACUGUCAUGAUAAGAAAUCAGCUAAUGAGUUUGAACUUGAAACCCAAGCUGAUCUUGAAGUGGAACCAGCAAGCUGCUCACCAAUACAAUGUGAUAAAUAUUGCAAGACAAUAGGACAUGUUUAUGGUCGUUGUCAAUGGGGAAAUUGUCACUGUCAUGAUAAGAAAUCAGCUGAUGAGUUAGAACUUGAAACCCAAACUGAUCUUGAAGUAGAACCAGCAAGCUGCUCACCAAUACAAUGCGAUAAAUAUUGCAAGACAAUAGGACAUGUUUAUGGUCGUUGUCAAUGGGGAAAUUGUCACUGUCAUGAUAAGAAAUCAGCUGAUGAGCUCGAACUUGAAACCCAAGCUGAUCUUGAAGUGGAACCAGCAAGCUGCUCACCAAUACAAUGCGAUAAAUAUUGCAAGACAAUAGGACAUGUUUAUGGUCGUUGUCAAUGGGGAAAUUGUCACUGUCAUGAUAAGAAAUCAGCUGAUGAGUUUGAACUUGAAACCCAAGCUGAUCUUGAAGUGGAACCAGCAAGCUGCUCGCCAAUACAAUGCGAUAAAUAUUGCAAGACGAUAGGACAUAUUUAUGGUCGUUGUCAAUGGGGAAAUUGUCACUGUCAUGAUAAGAAAUCAGCUGAUGAGCUCGAACUUGAAACCCAAGCUGAUCUUGAAGUGGAACCAGCAAGCUGCUCACCAAUACAAUGCGAUAAAUAUUGCAAGACAAUAGGACAUGUUUAUGGUCGUUGUCAAUGGGGAAAUUGUCACUGUCAUGAUAAGAAAUCAGCUGAUGAGUUUGAACUUGAAACCCAAGCUGAUCUUGAAGUGGAACCAGCAAGCUGCUCGCCAAUACAAUGCGAUAAAUAUUGCAAGACGAUAGGACAUAUUUAUGGUCGUUGUCAAUGGGGAAAUUGUCACUGUCAUGAUAAGAAAUCAGCUGAUGAGCUUGAACUUGAAUCCCAAGAUGAUCUUGAAGCAGAAACAGCAAGCUGCUCGCCAAUACAGUGCGAUAAAUAUUGCAAGACAAUUGGGCAUGUUUAUGGUCGUUGUCAAUGGGGAAAUUGUCACUGUCAUGAUAAGAAGUCAGCUGAUGAGCUUGAACUUGAAACCCAAGAUGAUCUUGAAGUGGAACCAGCAAGCUGCUCGCCAAUACAGUGCGAUAAAUAUUGCAAGACAAUUGGACAUGUUUAUGGUCGUUGUCAAUGGGGAAAUUGUCACUGUCAUGAUAAGAAAUCAGCUGAUGAGCUCGAACUUGAAAACCAAUCUGAUCUUGAAGUAGAACCAGCAAGCUGCUCACCAAUACAAUGCGAUAAAUAUUGCAAGACAAUUGGACAUGUUUAUGGUCGUUGUCAAUGGGGAAAUUGUCACUGCCAUGAUAAAAAAUCAGCUGAAGAAACCGAAAAUGUGAAUUGUGAAUCCGAACAUGGUACAUACGAUGACCCUAACUCAGAACUCGGAAGCUGUUCAGCUAAAGCUUAA